CGGAACCAUAAUGUCAGUUGUCCUCUUGUUCCAGUCGGCAUGUUUUUGUGUUCCCACUUCAUUCUCACUCAACCAGUAACAUUUUUGGUCAAACAUCAGCAGAGGUGCCAGGCUGUCUGUGUCUCUGUUUUAGGAAAUGGAGUUUGCUGAGCUGAUUAAGACUCCCAGAGUGGAUGGGGUGGUGUUGAGGAGACCCUUCCUUCCCACAGUGGAGGGAACUCUCUGUCUGACAGGACAUCACCUCAUACUGAGCUCCAGACAGGACAACACAGAGGAACUCUGGCUGCUGCAUGCUAACAUCGACGCCAUAGAGAAGAGGUUUGUGGGGUCUAUGGGCACCAUCAUAGUCAAGUGUAAAGACCUCAGGGUGAUUCAGCUGGAUAUCCCUGGCAUGGAGGAGUGCCUCAACAUCGCCAGCUCUAUCGAGGUUCUGUCCACUCUGGACUCUGUCUCUUUGAUGUACCCACUCUUCUACCGGCCCAUGUUUCAGGUCAUCGAGGACGGAUGGAAGUCUUUCCUUCCAGAGGAUGCUUUCAAAGACCUGGAGUCCAUGACUGAAGAGUGGCGUCUGAGUGAUGUGAAUAAGGACUACAGUGUGUGUUCCUCCUACCCUCCUCUGGUGGCCGUACCUAAAGAUGUGGAUGACGACACCCUGAGGAAAGCUGCCGCCUUCCGCCACGGUGGACGCUUCCCCGUACUCAGCUACUAUCACAAGAAGAACGGCAUGGUGAUGAUGCGUUCAGGCCAGCCGCUGACCGGCACCAACGGGCGUCGCUGUAAGGAAGACGAGAAGUUGAUCAACGCCACGUUGCGGGCGGGGAAACGCGGCUACAUCAUCGACACGCGUACCGUCAGCGUGGCGCAGCAGGCCAAGGCACGGGGAGGAGGGUUCGAAUCAGAGGCCAACUACCCACAGUGGAGGAGGAUUCACAAGGCUAUAGAGAGGUCCAGUAUCCUCCAGGAGAGCCUGAUAAAGCUGGUAGAAGCCUGUAAUGACCAGAGCCACAGUAUGGACCGCUGGCUCAGUAAACUAGAGGCUUCUAAUUGGCAGACUCACGUCAAGGAGAUCCUCACGACUGCCUGUCUGGCUGCUCAGUGCAUCGACAGGGAGGGUGCGUCAGUACUUGUGCACGGGACAGAGGGGACAGACUCGACCCUACAGGUGACGUCUCUGGCUCAGAUCAUCCUGGACCCAGCCUGCAGGACCAUGGUUCAAGGAUUCCAAGCUUUAGUGGAGAGAGAGUGGCUGCAGGCGGGCCAUCCGUUCCAGCAGCGUUGUUCCCAGUCAGCCUACAGUAACAGUAAGCCUCGUUGUGAAGCCCCGGUGUUCCUGCUCUUCCUCGACUGUGUGUGGCAGAUCCUCCGCCAGUUCCCCUGCUCCUUCCAGUUCUCACAACACUUCCUGGUUCUGCUCUUCGAACACACCUACGCCUCGCAGUUCGGGACCUUCAUGGGCAACAGCGCCUCCGAGAGGUCUAAGUUGAACCUGUCUCAGAAGACGGUCUCUCUGUGGUCGUGGGUGAACAGGCCCCAGGAGGUGGAGAGGCUGUCUAACCCGCUCUACGAGGCCAACUGUCUGGUUAUAUGGCCCUCCGUAGCCCCUCAGAGCCUGCUACUAUGGGAAGGUGUGUUCCUGCGUUGGAAGCGCAGCUCCAGGUGUCUGGAUGAGGCGUACGACGAGAUGGUUCAUAUCAUACAGUACAACAAAGAGCUGCAGAAUAAAGUCAACAACCUCAGGAGACAGCUGGCCCAACUGGAGACUGAGGAGCCUCUGCUGCAAACACCAUAGAGGAUAGGGGAGAGAGGGGGGGAGAGAGGG